AUGGCGGUUCGAGAACAACAGCAACAAGCCAGUAUCCACAACAUCAACAACAAGCCAGUAUCCACAGCCAAGUAUACAAGCCAGUAUAUCCAUCCAGAGCAACAACAAGCCAAUGCCCACAGCAACACCAACCCACAGCAACAACAAGCCAGUAUCCAGAGCAACAACAAGCCAAUAGUGCCCACAGCAACAACAAGCCAGUAUCCACAGCAGCAGCAAAAACAAGCCAGUAUCCACAGCAACAACAACAAGUCAGUAUUCCCAGCAGCAACAAUUUCAACAAGCCAGUAUCCACAACAACAGUAUCCACAGCAACAACAACAACCAGUAGCAACAGUAUCCACAACAACAAGCCAGUAUCAACAACAAGCCAGUACACAGCAACAAGCAGAAAGCAACAAGCACAGAACAACAAGCCAGUAUCCACAGGAACAACAACAAGCCAGUGAAGCCACAGCAACAACAAGCCAGUAUCCACAACAGCAACAACAAGCCAGUAUCCACAGCAACAACAAGCCAGUAUCCACAGCAACAACAACAAGAAGCCAGUAUCCACCAAGGUCUAUAUAA